CCUCAUGGGAACAUAAUGUAAGUGGUGGGAAGUUUGAGAGCUGAAAGAAAUGGAGCGAGAAUCCAAGGGUGAUAUAGAUAAGUUGCCUCGGGCUAUGAAAGAAUUGAUAUUUGGAAAGCUUUCAAUUCGAUCAAUCUGCAGCUCUCGCAUAGUCUGCAAGAAAUGGAAUUCCAUUUUGUCUUCGCAAAGUUUUCUGUUUUCAUUGCCCACCCAAAAUCCAUGGCUUCUUAUCUGCAGUCAGGAAAAUGAUGGAAAUUGGCACUGCAUGGCCUACUGCUUCUCUGAACAAAAAUGGAUGGCCCUCCCUCUCUCUUUUAUCCCAAAUAGCGAGGGACGCAAUAUCACACAUUUAUCAAACAUGGGGCAGGGGUUACUGCUAUUUUCAGAAAUCUUCACUCCACAAUUAUUUGUUUGCAAUCCCCUUUUGAGAUCUUAUGCAAAGAUAGAAAUAGAUUUAAAUUUGAGUCAGCGGUUUAUCCAUAUUGUACAAGGAGGAAACAAAGAGCCGUAUUUAAUAGUUGGCUCGGACUUUGAAAUGUUUUCCUUCGAAAUCUACCACUAUUUUCAAGAUGCAUGGAGGAUUAAGUAUCUGUUGGAAACCGGGUGUAAUAUAUUAUGUCGUAUAAUGGUUGAGUGCAAUGGCGUUAUUUUCGGGAUGGGAAUUACGCCUGGGGCUAUCGUGGGUUACAAUAUCAAAGAAGAGGGUUCAGUUAGCCCUGUUACAGUAGCUCCAUUACCCGGCCAAGCGGUUCAAGAUCUGAAUGUGCAUGUUUUAUAUAUGGUUUCAUAUGGUUCGUCCGUUCUUGUGGUGGGGUUCUUAGAGGAGCCCUUACAGCAGUUAGCUGACGGGAUUGGUCCAUUCCCUCGAGGAAUUCACCCAUUCAUUGCAUACAACGGUUUUGCCCCAACUCGCUCAAAUAUGAUGGGUAUCGUUAUCUGGGAGUUGUUUCAGGACGAGGAAGAUAAGUUGCUUUGGAAUUGGAAAGAGUUUGCAAGAAUGCCUCCACAGUUGCUCUCUCAAUAUCUCAAUGAAGAUUGGUGGUGUCAGCAGUGUGUUUGUGUGGGAGAUUACCUAUGCUUAAGCAGUCUAUAUGGUGAUGAAAGUGCAAGCGUGUUAGCAUAUAAUCUAAAGGAAGGAUUUUGGCAACGCCUUCCUCUCUGUAAAAUUCAGUGCAACAAAAGGACGAUGAUGUUGUUCGAACCAAAGCUCAAUCUUUAUCAGUUUUUAGGAAAACUGAGAGAAUGAGGUAUAACAUGAUUAUGAUGAUAUGUGUUGGAGAGAACAAGGGAUUACAUGAUUAUGGCGGUGUGUGAGAGAUAUUGCUGUGCCUGUACCUAUACAGAUAGGUUCUGGAUGCCUAGAGCAUUCAAUGACUUAGGGCUUCUGAUAGAACACACUACAAAACUCUGUUAGGGUAAAUAUUGUUGUUGAAGAAUCAAGACAUGUUCUCAUUUUGAUCUUUGAAUUUCCAAUUAUGUCAUUUUGUUUAAAAUUUGUAUUCAACAAUGAUAUCGAUUGAAAAAUGUUGAACGAUGGUAGGAAUGUGUUUUGGUUCAUCCUUCAUGCCUACCUGCUCACUGGUUGAAUUGUAAUGGAUGGAAAUAGAUAUUAGUUUUUUAAUAUUGACAAGUUUCUUGCUUCUGACA